AUGGCGGACACGCGGAGUACCAACGUGGAUGAAGACACAUCGAAACUUCCAGAAAUGAACCAAAAGAAGACGGAGAAAAACAAGCGGCUUGCAGAAGACGACGAGCACGAGGAGAUGUUCGGCGUAUGCAACGAAGAAGACGAGGAUGGGUCAGUGAGUGAGGAAAGUGUAUAUUCAGGACUUGAGGAUUCGGGGAGCGACAGUGGGGAUGAGGAUGAUGCAGAGUUUGGCUUUUGCAAGAAUGAAGCCGAUGAAGCGGAACAGAAGGACGGAGGAGGCCAAAAGAAGGAAGAGUAUGAGGUUGACUCGUCCGACGAAGAAGACAUCAGGAACACAGUGGGGAACAUUCCCAUGGAGUGGUACAAAGACUUCCCUCACAUUGGCUACAAUUUGGACGGCAAGAAGAUCUUCAAGCCCAUCCGGAACAAGGACGAGCUGGACCAGUUCUUGGAGAAAAUGGAGAACCCUGACUACUGGAGAACGGUUCACGACAAGCAGACGGGAAGCGACAUUGUGCUGUCUGACGAGCAGGUGGAGCUGGUGAAGCGGCUGCAGAAAGGACAGUUUGGAGACGCCAACUUUGACGAGUUCCAGCCUUCGGUGGACUUCUUCACCAACGACGUGAUGCUUCAUCCCGUCACCAACAGACCGGCUGACAAGCGUAGCUUCAUCCCGUCGCUAUUGGAUAAGGAGAAGGUCUCCAAGCUGGUCCACGCCAUCAAAAUGGGCUGGAUCAAGCCUCGCCGCGUGCGUGACGACAGCCAGGGCCGCUUCUAUGACCUUUGGGGCAAGGAGGACUCCUCUCUCCUGGCCCAACACAGGAUGCACCUGCCUGCACCCAAGAACCCGCUACCCGGCCACCACGAGUCCUACAACCCUCCGCCCGAGUACCUGUUCACGGACGAGGAGCGCGCUCUCUGGGAGCAGCAGGACCCAACUGACCGAAAGCUGCCCUUCGUUCCCGCCAAGUUCUCCAGCCUCCGGCAGGUUCCGGCCUUUCCCCGUUUCAUCCACGAGAGGUUUGAGCGCUGCCUGGACCUUUACCUGUGUCCUCGCCAGAGGAAGAUGAGGGUCAACGUGGAUCCAGAAGACCUCAUUCCGAAGCUUCCUAAACCCAAAGACCUGCAGCCCUUCCCUACCACGCAGUCGCUGAUUUAUCAUGGUCACAGCGCUCUGGUUCGGUCCAUCAGCGUUUCUCCAUCGGGACAGUGGCUUGCCUCAGGAAGUGACGAUGGCACUGUAAGGUUCUGGGAGAUCAACUCGGCUCGCUGUGUCAAGAUGGUCCGGGUGGGCGGAGCUGUGAAGAGCUUGUGUUGGAACCCCAACCCGUGCUUAUGUCUCCUGGCCGUCGCCUUGGACUCGCUGGUGGUGAUCUUAUCGCCCGCGCUCGCCGAGCGACAGGUGGUCUCGUCCUCUGAACGUCUGCUCGUCGCUCACCUGGAGGCGGAGCCCGCGGUGGGGCCCGUGACUUGGAGCGACGUGGAAGGCGAGGAGCACCGCCAAGGCCUGCGCUUGAAAAUCCAACAUCCCAAAGCCGUCAAGCAACUGGCGUGGCACGCCAAAGGGGACUACCUGGCCUCGGUCAUGCCGGAUCACUCCAGCCAUCAGCAGGUCUUCAUCCACCAGCUCAGCACCAGACGCAGUCAAAACCCCUUCCGACGCAACAAAGGCCUGGUGCAGUGCGUAUCCUUCCACCCCAUCCGGCCCUACUUCUUCGUGGCCACGCAGCGCAACGUGCGCAUCUACAACCUGGUCAAGCAGGAGAUGAGCAAGAAGCUGCAGGCCAACUCCAAAUGGAUUUCCAGCAUGGCCGUCCACCCCGGAGGCGACCACGUGAUCUGCGGAAGUUACGACUGCCGACUGGGCUGGUUUGACCUGGACCUCUCCACCAAGCCUUACAAGAUGCUCCGGCACCACAAGAAAGCAGUGAGGGCCGUCGCCUAUCACAGAGUUUACCCGCUCUUCGCCUCAGCGUCCGAUGACGGCUCCGUCAUCGUCUGCCACGGGAUGGUCUACAAUGACUUGCUGCAGAACCCGCUCAUUGUUCCAGUCAAGGUUUUAAAAGGUCACGUGGUCAUUCACGAACUGGGUGUCCUUGAUGUGACCUUUCACCCCACGCAGCCUUGGGUCUUUUCAUCGGGAGCGGACAACACCAUCCGCCUCUUCACCUAGUGGCCCCGCCCACCUGCAUUGCUUUUUUAAUUAAAAAAAAUUGGGGGUUCUGCU